AUGAAAGCUAUUUUUUAUAUUCUUAUUGCUAUGUUUUUGACUUUAGCCUUUGCUGUUGAAGAAGAUGCAACUCUUGACAACAAAGAAACAGAAAAUAAUGAUGAGUUAAAUAUUGAAGACAAUGACGACGAAGAAUAUGAUGAUGACGACGAAGAAUAUGAUGAUGAUGAUGAUGAAGACGAUGAUGAAGACGAUGAUGAAGACGAUGAUGAAGACGAUGAUGAAGACGAUGAUGAAGACGAUGAUGAAGACGAUGAUGAAGACGAUGAUGAAGACGAUGAUGAAGACGAUGAUGAAGACGAUGAUGAAGACGAUGAUGAAGACGAUGAUGAAGACGAUGAUGAAGACGAUGAUGAAGACGAUGAUGAAGACGAUGAUGAAGACGAUGAUGAAGAUGAAGAGUAUGAUCUUGAAGAUGAUGAUUUUGACUACGACGAUGAUGAUGACUUUGAGUUAGAAGAAGAUGAAGAAGACGAUGAUGAAGAAGAAGACGAUGAAGAUGAAGAUGAUGAUGAUGAUGAAGACGAUGAUGAAGAUGAUGAUGAUGAAGAUGAUGAUGAAGACGAAGACGAUGAUGAAGAUGAUGAUGAUGAAGAUGAUGAUGAAGACGAAGACGAUGAUGAAGAUGAUGAAUAA